UGAAAGCCUUCUGCAUGUGGCUGCCCAUGCAUUGGGAGUCAUGGACACCUUCUACAUCCUGAAUCACUACUCAGCUGGUGUGAUUUUGUUCGGGGACAGAACUGAGCUUCCUAGACAAAGUUUACCAAAGGUAAACUUUGACAACUAUGAAGCAGUUCUGUCAUUUGUCCUUGUGAACAACAAUCACUGGAAGUUGCUGUACAUCAAUGCAGAAGCCAGAACUGUGUUCCUAAUAGAUCCUGCACAAGUAUCAUCUGAGCUUGUGGACUCCCAAAAGGCAGCUAAAAGAAUACAAGAAUACUUCAAAAUGAGAAGGACAUGCCAUGGAAAAACAGACUGGGUUGGGAUCCAAUGGAAAGGGGGGACAAUGCGCCACCCUAUUCAACAAGACGGAAGCAGCUGUGGAGUUAUUGUAGUCAAAAUGGCAAAAGCUUGGAUGGAAGCCUUCCCUCUGAUGCCAGAUGUAGAUUUUGACACAACAAAAAAGGCAAUGAAAAGUGAAAGAAGAACUCUCGCUCUUCAAAUCCUUGAUGCAUCAGUAUUCGAUGACCACUGUUGGUGUGCGAUGUGCGCUGCAUACAAAGCCCCGGGGUCUGGCCCUGGAAUGACAGACUGGAUCCAGUGUGACAACUGUGACCGAUGGUACCAUGCCCUGUGCAUAAAUAUGAAGAGCACAGAAUUUCAAAAGAAAAAAAAAGGCAGUUGGAAAUGUGUAUUGUGUAGUUAAUCUUGAAACUAGAAACUGUGUUCAUUAUUGUUCGAAAUACUUUUUGAAAAUAUCUGUGGAAAAUGAAAAUGUAAUAUGUUUGUUUGGCAUUGAUGCUAUGUGUGAUGUAUAAAGUGUACUUGAAUGAUUUCAAAGAGAUUUGAAGUCAUUUUAUGACGUAAUCUGAAAACUAUUAAGCAACAAUCUUAAACUUUAAGGAAAAUAUUCCUAAGAAUUAUAAAAUAAAAACAUAAAACAUAAAUGUCUGUGCCUCAUCUAUAGAGACUAUUGUAAUUGUUUCAAAGUGAUUUUGAGUCAG